AUGGCAUGGGGCACAAAUGCUGGAGUGGAUGACCUGUUGCAGAAGCUGGCGAACCCAAAGACAAGCAAAAGUCUCUAUGUCAUGCGUUCACGCGCAAUAAGCGACUCGGAUAUGGUUCAAUUAGCUACUUCAAUUAGCAAGAACACAGUGCUUGAAGAGCUUUAUAUAUCUGGUCAUCAUUUAGGACCCCAAGGACUCCAGGCAUUCGUUAACUGCUUAUCAGUCAAUUCGACGCUUAAACACUUGAGUCUUGGAUCGGAAAAUCUUAAAGAUCAAGCAGUUCAAGCUCUAAGUGCCGGUCUAGCUCGCAACGCCCAUUCAAGUAUCCAGUCUUGGGACUUAGAAUUCAAGUCACUUGGUGUCGACGGCGCAGCUGCCAUCGCCAAUUUGCUCGAAACCAACCAGUCAUUAGCGAUAGUGGCGCUUUCCCGUAAUCAAAUUGGAGACCAAGGUGUGGAAAAAUUGGCAAAGGGAUUGCGUAAGAAUGCUCAGUCGGGAGUUAAGGAGCUGCUUCUGACAGACGUGGGGAUGUCAGGGGCUGGACUUGACCACUUGGCUAUGCUUUUGGAAUGUGAAAAGUGCUCUUUGUUGACACUACAAUUGUCAUUUAAUGCGCUCGAAAAUGCGUCGUGCACUUUUUUUGAUGCGCUGGCUAAGAACACAUCGUUGACGAAGCUGCAGCUGAAGGAAUGCAGCUUGAGUGACGUGCAUGUGGCUGCACUCGCUACGGCACUUCAGCAAAACUCGACGUUGAUCGAGAUCGAUUUAUCUGACAAUAAUCUGACGCAAGUUGCGUGUGCUUCACUAGCUCAGGGACUGAGUGAGAACAAAACACUGAAAAUUGUGCGUUUGAAUAACAACAAGUGUCAGGAUGAAGGAGCUGUGCUUCUAGCGAACGUGCUGGCUAGUCACAACUCGACAUUAAAAUACGUAGAUUUGGGCAACAACGGACUUACCAGUACCGGGAUGACGCCGCUGCUUAAAGCUCAAUCGCUGACUCAGUUGCAUCUAUUCAACAACAAGCUUGGCAAAGGACUAAACGAGCUGUUACCAAUACUUCUAGCCAAUUCGGUCAUUGAGACGCUCGGCAUCGGUGCCAAUGAAUUGCAUAUGGCACUGAGUGUGACGAUUUUCGAUGCACUACACUCGCAUCCGUCUUUACAAACGCUUGAAAUGGGGGGAAACACUCUUGGCAAGGAGGGUCUUGAGGCUCUCGACAAGCUGAGAAAAGCAAAUCAUAGACUGGAUGUCGCUGUCGACAAGAACGCACAAAACGAAGAUGGAAGUUUUUGA